AUGUCAUCAUCCUCUCAGCCGGUGCCAUCCUCUAAGACGAAGCUGGAUCAAAAGCUGAAAAGCUACAACUCACUUCAACCCACCGACAAAACCAAGGAAUUUCUGCGUGAUUUCUUCAAGGUCCUGUCUCCUGAUGGCAAAAACAACCUGGCGGAGGACGUUUCAGAAUGUGCAGACGAUGAGACGAUGCGGCAACUGGUCCAAAGUAUCAGGACUGGCUUAUUGAUCCCUAUAAAAGCACGAGGUGGCAAGACACCCACUGAAAUCACUCCGUCUCCGCGUCCUGGUGUUGAUGAUUCGAUCGAAAACCUCAAGAGCCUAAACAUCGAGCCUAUCAACAGAAGCCCUCAAUCAAAACUCCGGGACCACUGUUUAGAGCGAGAUGGCAAUAAAUGCGUUGCAACGGGGCACUACAAUUACAACAGCCAACACCCACGAAACGCAUUGACGACCCACCUUGAAGCGGCACACAUUAUCCCAUUUGCACUUGGGUCCUUCGAGGCUACGAGCGGCGAGGCAGUGGACAGACAUGCAAAGAUUUGGGUCAACCUCACGCGCUACUUUCCAAUCCUUCGGCGUAUGUCCUUUACCUCGGAGAAUCUUAAUCAGGAAAGAAACGUUAUGAUGAUGGACCCUCAACUCCACACAGAGUUCGGUCAACUCAGAGUUGUUUUUGAAGCGACCAGACUUCCUCACCAAUAUCGAAUUAAGACAUUCGCAGACACUGCUACCGUGGCAAUACGAGAUUUACCUCGGAAUCGGCUUGUGAGAUUCAAAGUUCACAUGGGAAGGUGGGAACUUCCUGAUCCUAGACUUCUCGAAAUCCACGCUUGUAUUGGAAAUUUCCUACAUAUGAGUGGCCAGGCGGAGAUAAUCGACAAGGUUCUGAAAAAAUUUGAAGACUGUGGUGGGCUUGCGCCGAGCGGCAGCACUAAUGUUGCAGACCUUCUUGCAGCGAGCAGCCUCUCACUGCUACCCUCGAAUUUCAACGAAACUUCAGACUCCCAGAAGUCCACAGAGAAGCAUCGUCCUCUGGAGAAGCAAGAGCCCCUGCAGACGAGACCUACUGGCACUGAGAAUAGACCAUGGGAAUAA